AUGCGCCGUGCGACACAGCAAACCCUCGGUAGAUCUUCCGUCUCCGUCUCCGUCCAUCAACCCGCCCAGCAAGCGGAAUCCACCCUUCUUGCUCUGCGCAUCAUCCGUUCACCAUCGCAAUGGCACCCACAUAUCCGGCAGGCUAGCGGUGCUUCUACCGCGAAUCUUCUCUACGGUUCAGACUCGGACUCCGACGUGAAGGGCAAUGUCCCUAAUACGGGGUUGGCUGACACAGGUGAUCACCGGGUGGCAGGGAUUCAUGAUUUCGUGACCAGGUUGAGUGCAUUGUUGGACGAGUUGCAUCUCGUAGAAUUAUUUCCAUGGAUGAAGUGUAUACCUGCGAGGUUCGCGAAGUGGAAACAUGUGGCUGUAGAGUCGUUCAAGAGGGACUCUGCCAUGUUCGAAAGGCUGAUGGAGCCUGUACACGCUGGCGUAGCCAGGGGUGACGAGCCUGCAAGCUUAAUGGGCCGUAUAUGCGACAAUCACGAUAAAUUCAAUCUCUCUCCGCGCGAGAGUGCAUGGUUGUCUGCAACGAUGUUUGCUGCGGGCUCAGAAACGAGUGCGGGAGUUCUCACAUGGUGGACGCAGGCCAUGCUUCUUUAUCCCGAGGCCCAAGCAAGCGCACAGCAGGAGCUGGACGCUGUUGUAGGAAGGGAUCGUGUUCCCUCGUUCGACGACUAUGAGCGUUUGCCGUAUAUAAGGGCCAUGGUCAAGGAGGCACUUCGAUGGCGACCAGUCAACCCGCUGGGCUUUCCACACGUAUCUACUCAUGACGAAUUCUACGAAGGCCACUUCAUCCCCGCCAACUCGCUCAUGAUACCUAAUCUUUGGCUUCUUAAUCAAGACCCACUCGUUUGGGGGCCUGAUGCGAUGGACUUCAAGCCGGAGAGGCACCUGGACGAUAGGGGAGAGUUGAAGGAAAGUGGCCCACUGGACAUGGGGCAGGAGAGUCAUUUCACAUAUGGGUUUGGAAGGAGAGUUUGUGUGGGGAAGCAUGUCGCAAAUGUGAGUCGAAACCCUUUUCCGAUGAUGAGAUUGAUACUGAAUGUUCCUUCCUGUGUUACUUGUCGGUUCAGAAUUUGUUAUUUACCCAGGUAG